GACGAUGCAGAAGUGGGGGAGCCGCUUAGACGGCAGCUGCUGCUGAAGGUGCUAAGCAGCCUUACCUGGCAAGAGAUGAUUAAUGCCAGCACAGAGAUGGACACCAUGAUCAUAAGCUGCUAUUUCAACGGCAUCAAGUGCAAUAUGGAGAAGGACUUUAAGCUGCAUCUCUCCACCGAUUACGGUAACUGUUUCACCUUUAACUACGCUUCUGAUAACUUACGAUACCUCGUGAAGCAGGGCGGAGCCACUAGAGGGCUGACGUUGACGAUAUUCGUCGACCAGCUGAACUACGUGUCCGGCCUUACGGAAGCUGCCGGAGCCAGAAUCAGCGUGCACGAACCCGGCCACUCACCGUUCAUCGUCGAGAACGGCAUAGACGUACCCGUCGGCACCAGGACGUCGAUCGGUGUCACCCAGGGAAAAAUUCAGCGGCUCAAAUACCCGUAUGACAGCAACUGUACGGACGGUGAUGAGCCAGAAGAUGAGAAAUCGUACUUCGGUGAAGAAUUCGCGUACUCCCUCAAAGGUUGUGUGUUUGCGUGCGCCAAGUCACGAAUUAUGGACGAAUGCGAUUGUAUACCUUACCAGUACGUCGAUCUUGAUGACACGUCAAGUAGAUUAUGCAACACUGCUA